AUCCGUAACGUGCUCUCAGAACGAAAAUAACGUUUUUUUUUCUUGUGGUUUUCUCUCUUCGAUCCUUCCCAUUUCCCUCGAACUCCAUCUCAAUCCUCUUUGAAUCCCUAACCAGAUCUCGGUGUUUUUCUCGAUUUGGGAUUGCGCUUUGGCUUGGGAGGAUGGGUUCUGGCUAUCCGGCAACCCUAAAUACCUUGCCUGAUGAUGUCCACCCAUCGAUUUUAGAACUUCGUGAGAGGCAUCAAUUGGAAUUACAGAAUUUGACAUUGACAACACAACCAUUCAGGACAUUACAACUUUUCAUUUUUUCUACUUUGAUACAUCUUAAAAGAUCAUUUCUCUAUGUCUUGAUGAAAGGAAGCAGGUUUAUGCUAUUAAGCAUGCUUAUAGUGGGUUUCAUUGUUCUCUUCAUGACUACUAAUGGUUCUCGUGAAAAGCAUUCUCAGGAGUUCCUGAACUAUUUUAGAUUUGUGCUAUGGUGGGUGGCACUUGGAGUAGCAUCUUCUAUUGGAUUGGGAUCUGGCUUGCAUACAUUUGUACUGUACUUAGGACCCCAUAUUGCCUUCUUUACUAUCAAAGCGAUGAAGUGUGGUCGUGUUGAUCUGAAAUUUGCUCCAUACGAUACUAUUCAGUUAAAAAGGGGCCCAUCAUGGCUUGAGAAGGACUGUGCUCAGUUUGGACCUCCCUUGUAUCUACCGUCUGCUGGCUCACUUGUAAAGAUACCUGUCAGCAUCAUACUUCCUCAUGUUCAGCUGGAGGCUGUUCUUUGGGGAAUUGGGACUGCCCUUGGGGAGCUUCCUCCUUACUUUAUCUCAAGUGCAGCUCGCUUGUCUGGAAAUAAAUUAGAUGCUAUGGAGGAACUGGAUACUUCCUCAAAGGAUGAUGGAUUUGUUUCUGCCUUCCUGAAACGGCUCAAACGAUGGUUCCUUAACCACUCUCAGCAUUUAAAUUUCUUCACAAUACUUGUACUUGCUUCGGUGCCUAACCCACUCUUUGACCUUGCUGGGAUCAUGUGCGGUCAAUUUGGUAUUCCAUUCUGGAAAUUCUUUCUUGCAACUUUGAUUGGGAAGGCAGUAAUUAAGACCCAUAUUCAGACUGUUUUUAUCAUCUGUGUGUGCAAUAACCAACUUUUAGAAUGGGUGGAAAAUGAGUUAUUUUGGGUGCUCGGCCUUUUUCCUGGCUUCUCUUAUAUGCUCCCAAAUAUCAUUACAAAAUUGCACCUGGCCAAGGAAAGAUACUUAUCCGCUCCAGCUCCAGUGACUGCUGCUGUCUCAGAUAUUCAGGGGGAAAAGCAAUGGAACAUGUCCUUUUCUUUAAUCUGGAACUCAGUGGUUUGGCUCAUGCUGGUGAACUUCUUUAUCAAAAUAGUGACAGCUACAGCACAGAGUUAUUUAAAGAAGCAACAAGACAUGGAACUAAAAAAGCUCUUGGAGUUGAAACAAUCUAACGAAGAUUAAGAUUGCGCCUUUUUCAAGAGGUGAUAUAUUAUGUUUAUCUCGUUCAAGUGACACAAGUUAGAUAAUGUUCUAUUUUCUGUGUCAAAAUUCAUGAUUCUUCUUCGCCAACAACAUACUCCGUUUGUGAAUAUGGAACAGGAAUGAAAAAUCAGUGAAAAGCUGAUAGCAGGUUUAUUUAUCGUCCUGCUGUGUUGUUGACUGAACAUCAUUGUACUGUUUACUUGUUGAAACAGAUUAUUCUUGUUCAUGAGGCAAUAUCAACAAAUUUAUUUGUUCUUA